CUGCGUCCCGCAAUUUGGGACAUUCCUGCAUCUCCUGUACAUAGACGGGAGGGGCAGGAACACAGUAGGUGGCAGUAAUGCACUAUGACGUUGGAUUCCGACGGCUGAUAAAACCCACAGAAGAGACGCGGCCGACAAUUAUAAAAACUUUAGGGCAUCUAGCUUCAGGGGAUGCCUUGCUUGACCACACCUUCCUUCCUUGCUCCUGGCCUGCCCUGCCUUUUCCACCAAUCCAUUUGUUUCUUAUGGACAGAAAAGAGCAGAAGCUCUGAGCUGUCCGAUCAGGUCCAUUGUUUACUGAGUGGUCGACAAUGGUAGCUAGCUAUAGCUAGUACACACGGGCAGAUGGCGUCUUUCGCCCCAGGUGUCGCUAACUAGCAAGUUAGCUAGCACACGGUGCUGUCCAAGCCUCUCGCCCGCUGUGCUAGCGGGGGGCGACUGGUAGACAGUUGCAGUUGCACACUAUUGCCGAACUUCGACUUGCCUCAAGAAAAAAAUGUGUGUGCUCGAACAGUCGGAAAAAACUGUUUUGACUGGGAAGCAUGCAACAGACUUAACUUUAGCUUGUUGGCCAAAAGCUGUGAUAAAUAAGGGCUACAAACUGGCGAGCUCUAUUCUGCAGCAUAAAUCUGACCUACUCCCGACAGCUUCAUGGCGCAGGGCAAGUGAAAAGGGAAAAAUACUUUAAAAUCGCAGCAACAGAAGAUGUCCUGACUGAAAUAUCUGGAUCAAAUGAUGCAGGAUCUUCAAGACCUUGACAAUGAAACAUGUUGGCUUGUCAAAGAGCUAAAGUCAUACAUUGCUCAAGAAGCAGACUUUUUACCGAGGGAAACUGGCCUCAAUAUAAUGGAGUCUGCAGCAGAGAAUCACAAUGGAGUCUCUGCAAAAUGCAGAAAUGCCAAAGUUGAAGACCUGUGGAGCCUGGCCAGUUUCUUUGGUUUCAGUACCCAGACAUUUGUCCUAGCUGUCAAUCUACUGGAUAGGUUCUUAGCCAUUAUGAAGGUCCAACCUAAGCACGUGCCCUGCAUUGGAGUCUCCUGUCUCCAUAUUGCUGCCAAAAUGGUUGAGGACGAGUGCAACAUCUCACCCACCCAUGAACUCAUCCGCAUCAGCCAAAGCAAGUUCACUGUGUCUGACCUCAGCCGAAUGGAGAAGAUAAUCUCUGAAAAACUCAACUUGGAGCUCAAAGCCAUCACAGCCUUAACUUUUUUACACUUAUACCAUGCUGUCAUUGUAUCACUUACAUCAGAAAGGGGGGAGAUCCCAAGCAUUGAAAGACUGGAAGCCCAGCUAAAAGCCUGCUUAUGCCAGCUUAUUUUCUCUAAAGCAAAACCAUCGGUGCUGGCACUGUCUGUCAUUACUCAGGAAUUUGAUGCCCUCCAGUCUCUUGCCAUGUUGGAAAUUGUCCAAGAACUCCAAAGGCACUUAAAGAUUAUUGACAGUGAGUUACUCUACUGGAGGGGACUCGUGGCCAAAUGCAUGACUGAGUACAGCUCAAGUGAAUGUAACAAACCAGACAACAAAAAACUGGUGUGGAUCGUGUCCAGACGAACUGCCCAAAAUUUGCACGCUAAUCACUUCAGUGUCCCUGAACUGCCGACUAUUCCAGAGGGCAGCUGGGAUGAAAGUGAGAGUGAGGAUUCCUGUGAGGAUAUGAGCUGUGAAGAGGACAGCCUGUGCGGCUCUCCUGGCAGUGAUGCAGAGGGAGCCUUCUUCCCCUCAGAGUUUUGCAACCAGGGCAGAAAAUGAUACUCCUCUCUUUUUGAUGAGCUUAAAUUCUCGAUAGGGAUUGUAUGUGUAACCAGGGUGCUAACUGUAACUUUUCCCUAAAUGUAACUUUCCUUGUCGUUCGUAAAACAUUUAUGUUAAUUACUAUACAGUAUGUGUGGCAGAUGGGUAUCUAACUCAAGCUGCCUGCGCGACUUGUUAGUCCUCUGAGCUAAAGCCUAGGUGUGGAAGCUAACAAAUCCUCCGGUCCAAAGUAAGUUUACUGAUCACGGGAGCGUAUUCAACAAACCACCUCUGCUACAUACGUAUGUAUUCUGGAAAUACUGAAUGACAGGACCUACCAAGUGCCUGUGUUAAUCCAUGUGCAGUUUUAACAUUUUUGUUAUGAUUUUAGAUAGAUCUUAGUGGAAUUUAAAUUGCAAUAUCUUGGCAGCUGACUGGCAAUAAGAUCUUAAAAUGCCUUUUUAAAUAUGUUCCUGGUGUCAAUCUAAGUCAAAACUUGACACAUUCCAGUUGUCAUUAAAGGGAUUGUUCAUCCAAAUUUAAAAUGACACAUAUGUUUCCUUACCUGUCGUGUAAUAAGCAGUCUAUGCACAAGGUAUGACAGCAAUCCAUGCUUUGGUUUAGUUUCCCUGGCACUGUUUCCACAUGCUAACAUUUUAGCAUUUGUGGCACAAAUCCCAUUCAAGUCAUUGGUAUUAGCUGUUUUUGCACAUCUACACCAAAUCAUACAAAAGUAUCUCAAAUUGAUUAUGAAGCUCAACAAAGUCACUUCUAGAUGUUUUGAACAUUUUGCAUGAAAAAUACAACAUUAGAUUUGUUCAACAACUGCUAAAACUUUCGCAUGUGCUAGGGAUGCUAAACCAAAUAAUGGAUUGCUGUCAAACCUUGUCCAUAGACAGGGUAAGGAAACCAAUACAGUAUGUAAUUUGGGUGUACUAUCCCUUUAAGCACAAUGGCAAAAUGAUUUUCUACCUAGGAUGUCUGUCCCGCACACUAACUGUUCAAUCAAUGGGAAAUACCCAACAUCGGUACAUUGUGCAAGUUUUACCGGUUUUAUAGAAUAGUAUUAAUGUAGUAGUUGCCAAUUCACCAUGUUAUUGUAAUGUGUUUGUGAGAUUAUAUGCAGGAUGAUACUGUAUUCUAUUAAUGGUGGCUUGUAUGGAAGUAUGUCAAUGGGAUUCUGUUAGAGAAUGAUGGUGAUUGUUGAUUCAGUUCACGUGCAACAUAUUUAUAUGUAAAUGAAUAUACAUUUACAUAACUUGUAUAAGAAAUUCUUU